UGAGAAUUGUGAUUCCAAAUUCGAGAAGAGCACUCGAGAGCCAUGGGACAGUUGCGCAUGCGCCGCUUGCAGAGGCGAGCCGAGGAGCUGGUGCGAGAGUUUUACGAGUCGAUGCUGGUGCUGUCGCUGAACCUGCUGCUCCAGUGGAACCAGUGGCAUGUGAUACGCGUGCUGAAGGCCAGCAAGCUGCCCGACGAGGUGCCCGAGCCGCUGCCGGUCAGCUGGGCAACGCUGUUCUUUGCCAACGGCCUGCUGCUGACCCUCACCCAGUACCGGCCCCAGUGGCUCAAGCGGUGCCCGUCAGUGGUGCGGAAGCUCUUGCUGCUGCUAGAGCUGUUCGUGAUGCUCUUUGCGGUUGAUUACGUGCUGCUCACCAUAUGGCAGCCAUUGCUGAACAUAUGCGAUCAGGCGCUGCAGGCCCUCGGCCAUUCGAAUUGGACGUGGACGCGCUUCAUAUUCUACUACUGUCCCGGCCUUUCCGUUUGGCUGAUUAACGAUGCUUUCUACUUUAUGCGCUUUGUGGCCUCCCUCUCCUGGUUCCUGCUCGCCAUCGAGGGUGCAGCUGCCAAAUGGCGUCUGGCAAUUGAUUUCAUGCUGCUCGGCCAACUGCCCGACACCGUCAUAUUGCCAGGGCAUCGACCCAAGCGCCACCAUACCAAGUCUCGGCCCACUCAAAUCUAACGUCUAUUUUC